AUGGAUUUUGGUAGUUAAUUAGUUAAAAUUGAGAUAAUUCAACUGAUUGGGCUGUUUCUUUUUGUUUGAAAGUAAUGGGAAAUGCUGGUGGUAGAGAAGUUGGAGAAGGAUCCUCAGGGACAAAGAAGAAUGGAUAUGAAGUGGAAAAUGAGCAGUCUGAUUCAGACCCCAUGCUUCAUUCCCCUCCCCCUAGUCCUAAUCAGGCUUAUCAGCUUCCUUUCCAGUUCCCUCCACAGAUCCCUAUGUUUCCCUGGCUAAGAUCUGAUGAAAUGAUACAAGCCCAAAAUGAUGUGUUUGUGCAAAACACUACAUCCUACAAGGAUUUCCAUAGUGAGAAUAAACUGCCAUGGGAAUACUUUGAUUCAGGCAGAGCUUUGGAUUUACAGAUCCCUGAGGCUCCCUUGGCGAGACCUGGUCAAAUGAUGCAAGUCCAAAACGAUCCACUGGUAACAAAUACAACAUACCAUGAGGGUCUCCACCUGGCGGAGAAGAGAGCUGCAAUGAUAACAUGGUGUUUUGGUGGCAAGCAAGUAGCUAUUACUGGAUCGUGGGACAAUUGGAAGACCAUAGAACCCUUGCAUUCUUUGGAUAAAGAUUAUUUCAUUAUUAUGAAGAUACUCCCAUCAGGUGUUUACCAUUACCAUUUCAUUGUCGAUGAGCUGAUGAGAUAUGAUCCGAACUUACCAUGGGAAUUUGACGAGUCUGGGAGUACUUAUAACAUUUUGGAUUUGAGGGAAUUUGUUCCAGAAACUCCUGAAAGCCUCUCAGAGUUCGAAUCGCCUCCUUCCCCUAUAUCAAGUUACGACAAUCAACCACUAAAUGAUGGUGAUUUCAGCAAGCCUCCACCUGAAAUGCCUUCCCAGCUUCAGACAACGUUAUUAAAUGAGCGAUCAUUCAUUACUAGGAGUAGCAAGUCACCGGCAAGGCCUUCUCAUACGUUGCUGAACCAUCUUUACAAGCAAGACGGUGAUGAUGGUCAGUCUGUGGCGUUUUGCACAACACAUCGAUUUCUUCAAAAAUAUGUGACUGUAGUAUUAUACAAGUCUUUGCAUAGGUAAAUUAAACCUGUAUAUCUUAAUACAUUUGAUAUUGUUGACAUAAUUAUUAAAAGGAAAAUGUCAAAGGUUAUGGUGGAGUAAGAAAAGAUUUAUCAUAGAAAAAUGAAGGAUUAUUUGCCAUAUGAACAUGCUCUUUCAGUUACUAUUCCUUUUGCACAUGGUAGUUUACUUCUUGUGGGAACCUUUCAUUACUGAGUUUCUAUUCUAGCAGGUAAAACAGCCUGCAAUUAUGGCAUCAUAUUUGGAGUUGCUAAAUGUGGUAAAAGCUGCUCCAAUUUGCUUGAAACCUAAUUAGAUUCACUUGAAUUUACUCAUGAAGUUAAUAAUCGAACUUAAAUUGAUAAUUUGAUUUGAAAAUUGAACAAUGCAAACCCGAAAUGACUCAAACCUGAAGUCGAUUAUAAACUUAAUUGAGAUUUUUAGCAAGGUCAAAGUGGCAGAAU